GGAAUUCACUCCCUUCUCCUCCUUCUGCAGCAGCAGGGGGAGUCCCAGACUGACCGCUGUCUGGAUGGAUGCAGCAUUUAAACCUCUGACAAACCCCGAUGAGUGUUUGCUCCUGAGUGAGAGUUGGAUAGAAGAGAAUGAGUCUGAAACAGACGACUGGAGUGGAGAGACCUACCAUUUAGACAGCCGAUGCUUCAUCUCUAACCUGACCAGAGAGAAUGUCUCCCUCUCUGUCAGUGACUCUGUGGUGGGUCGUUGUUACAGACACAGGUGUACUGGACUGAACAGGUAUCAGAUACAGGUAUCUGGCUCUGAUUGGAUGGACUGCCCAGCUGGGGGCGCCACUGAGGUGACAGGAUACAGGGGUUUAGUGUUCUGUCCUUACAAGAGGUUGUGUUGGUACCCAGACAUUGACUUGUCCAACAAAACCCAGAUAUCUGACUCUUCAGAUAUCUUAACCACAGACCCAUCGAUACCUGGGAAGUGA